ACGAUAGGUAUACAACGUCUUUUAGUCACGGUCGGUAAGCUAGAAAUCCCGUUUAUCAAACAUGGCGGCUCGUUUUCUGCUACAAUGCUGUGGUAGCAGCAUAUAGUAGUCCGUCCGCGCACUCCACGUUUUUCACAUUGUUUGUUGUCAAAAUAAGCAUCGAAUGAUGCUCCGAACAAUUGAAAUCAGAAAAAGUGACCAAUGUUGUUGAGAAGAAUUAUUUGAAAUAUUUUUUAGUUCAUUCGAAAUGUCAAACGCUUUAGUAAGGAAAAGUUUAGAACUUAUCAGUUUUGAGACAGACGUAAUUAAAGACAAACGUAAGAAGAAGAAAACGAAAUCUUCGGGAGCUUUGGAUCUGAUUCCUGUCAAUCAUCGGAUAAUCUCCAAGAACAAGAAAAAGGGGUCCACAGUCCUUUUGAAGCGCUCGAGCAAAAUAACGGUUUACGAUGCUAAAAAGCAAUUAGAAACCAAGAGUGAUCCUACGGAAGAAAACGUAAAGAGGCUUCUACUUUUGAGUGGCAAUAGACUAGAUUCGGAUACAUCGGAAAAACUUCUAUCUCGAGCAUCCAAGAAACUAAUUCAUAAGAAGAAGGAAGAAAAACCAGUUGAAGAAGAGCGGACUGUAUUUACUGAAGAAGACUUUAAGAAGUUUGAAGCAGAAUACGUGGACGAGUAAACGACUCAUAUUAGUACUUGAGAGAAAAGAAACGAUAAUGUUGAGCACUGACAGAGAAAAAGGAAAAGCCUUGUUGAUAUUAGCUUCUAUUUUUUUCUUGUAUUACACUAUUUGGGUCAUUGGCUUGCCUUUUAUUGAUGACAUUAGAUUGAAAUCACUAUUCUUGUCACAUAAUACUGCUUUGAUGGUUCCAGCUAUUAGUGGUCUCUGCUUUGUCGGUGGUCUAGUGAUAUUUACUAUUUACCAUAUCUAUCCUUAUUUGGGUAGUAACAAAGUAAAAGAUAAGAAGCAAUAAGUUUUGUAAAAAAAUUCAUUUUUAUAUUUACAAAUAGAUUAUUUGUAAUAGAAUGUUGUGUUAUACUAUAACUAUUACAGAAUAAAUUAUUUUGAAUGUCAGAUAGCCUCAAGCAUGUUGUGCAGAUCUAAGCACCCAUUAACUGUUAUGUAAUCCAAAGAUAACAGUUAUUCUAUUUGUCUUGAACAAACGAGAUGUUGAUUUGAUUCUGCAGUGUUCCUGUUGAACAGUGUCUUUUUAAGAAAUCGUGUAUUUUUGACAAGAACAUUAAAAAUGAAGUGGCUAAUAAUUGGAAUUUCUGGACCAACGUGCAGUGGAAAAACCAGUGUAGCUAAAAAAGUGCAUGAAAAUAUUAAAGGUUCAAUCCUUAUUAAUCAAGAUGCAUAUUUUUUAACUGAAGAUGAUCCCAGACAUGUGCUCAUUCCAGAACUCAAUCACUUCAAUUGGGAAAUUCUGUCAAGUCUGGAUAUGUCAAAAAUGUACUCAGACAUAAAAAAUAUUAUUGAAACUUCUAAUGAAGAUAUCAGGAAUGGUGAAUCAGACGAAAAAUUGAAAUUUUUGAUAAUAGAAGGUUUUCUACUUUACAAUUAUAAACCAAUAGCAGACCUAUGUGACAAGAAAUAUUUCAUAGAUAUUGAUAAAAAAGUGUGUUGGGAUAGAAGAAAAAAUCGUGUUUAUAAUCCUCCUGAUGUGCCUGGGUAUUUUGAUAAAGUUGUUUGGCCUGAAUAUUUAAGGCAUAAACAAGAAAUAAGUUCAAACAAAAAUUUAAAUGAGACUACAACAUUCCUUGAUGGAACUAAACCAAUAAAUGAAUUGUCUGAUGAAGUAAUUGAUGAAAUAAAACACUGUUUGAAUUAAA